CUGUUGGGACGCAUUACUACGGCGACGGGCCGGACGCCUCCAGCUUCUGGAUGAAUUAGCGGCGGGUUCUGCCCGGAGGUUGUGACCCCCGACGGAUUCCCCAGCACGCGCACGUGCCCCCACGGUGUCGCACGUGGUCCCCUGAUGGUCACAGAAUCAUGGUGUCAUGGAAAGGGAUUUACUUCAUACUCACUCUGUUUUGGGGAAGCUUUUUUGGAAGCAUUUUUAUGCUGGGUCCUUUUUUACCUUUGAUGUUUAUAAACCCAUCUUGGUAUCGCUGGAUCAACAACCGUCUUGUGGCAACCUGGCUCACGCUUCCUGUGGCAUUGCUGGAGACCAUGUUUGGUGUAAAAGUGAUUAUAACAGGUGAUGCAUUUGUUCCUGGAGAAAGAAGUGUCAUUAUCAUGAACCAUCGGACAAGAAUGGACUGGAUGUUCCUGUGGAAUUGUCUGAUGAGAUACAGCUACCUCCGACUGGAGAAAGUUUGUCUCAAAGCCAGUCUCAAAAGUGUUCCUGGAUUUGGUUGGGCCAUGCAAGCUGCUGCCUAUAUCUUCAUUCACAGGAAAUGGAAGGAUGACAAGAGCCACUUCGAAGACAUGAUUGAUUAUUUCUGUGACAUCCGUGAACCACUUCAACUCCUCAUAUUCCCAGAAGGGACUGAUCUCACAGAAAACAGCAAGGCUCGAAGUAAUGACUUUGCUGAAAAGAAUGGACUUCAGAAAUAUGAGUAUGUCUUACAUCCAAGAACUACAGGCUUUACUUUUGUAGUAGACCGUCUAAGAGAAGGCAAGAACCUUGACGCGGUCCAUGACAUCACGGUGGCCUACCCUCACAACAUCCCUCAGACAGAGAGGCACCUCCUCCACGGGGACUUCCCCAAAGAGAUCCACUUCCACGUCCACCGUUACCCCAUAGACACCCUGCCUGCAUCCAAGGAGGACCUGCAGCUCUGGUGCCACAAGCGGUGGGAGGAGAAGGAGGCAAGGCUGCGCUCCUUCUAUCGGGGGGAGAGGGACUUUUACUUUACCGGACAGACUGUGAUUCCACCUUGCAAGUCUGAGCUCAGGGUCCUUGUGGUCAAACUUCUCUCUAUACUUUAUUGGACCCUGUUCAGCCCUGCAAUGUGCCUACUCAUCUAUUUGUACAGUUUUGUUCGGUGGUAUUUUAUAAUCAUCAUUGUCAUCUUUGUACUGCAAGAGAGAAUAUUUGGUGGACUGGAGAUCAUCGAACUUGCAUGUUACCGUUUUUUACACAAACAGUCACAUUUAAAUGCAAAGAAAGAUGAGUAAGAGAAGGUGACAACCUAGGGAAUAUUUGGGAAAUGUUGUAAGCCUUUGUAAACUGAUAGGCGUUUUUGCAUGACUACGUCAAAUAUUUCUUACUACCAUCAUUAUUUGUUCAAGAUAUUUUGCACUUAGUUUUGUGGAGAAAUAUUGCUACACACACUUUUUUUCCCCUCCAAUCUCUGAAUGUAAUUUCAAUACUCAUAGCAGGGAGCAAUCGCUAUGAAAUAACUCGGGCCGAGUAUUCUUAAACAAUCAGCAGGCUGUUCACAGGCAAGGUACACACAAGAUUUUCCCAAAGGCUCGAUCCUAUUUCCUAACCAGCGCCCAGCCCAGAGGCAGAUCUGGGCUCCUGAGCACCAGGCAGCUCAAGUGCUGGUGCUUGGCUAUCGGGGUGAGGGCCCGUCCUCCUGGCUCCUUCCCUCUGAACUCCUUUCUGUGCCAAUCAAACCACUACAUCCUUCCUUAACACUAGAAAACAGACAUCUCUCGUCCUUAACCUGACCAAACACUGAUUGCAAGACCACCUGUGCCCUUCUCACCUGGAAAAUAAGGCCUGGACACGUCUCAGGGCAGCCACAGGCUCCCACCUGGCAACCUUGGUUUGAACUUCUAAAGAUAAGAAUUAGUACAAUUUAGUUCUUCGCGUCUAACCCAACCUCGCAUGCUUAGUGCUGGUGUCUUUACGAGGUGUCAGCAGGUGUAGCCUCUUCUGUGUCAAAAACACUAAAAAUCACUUUUUAAAAGGAAAGUGUAGAACAUUCUGUUAUUGCAGUCAGAAACGCUCCUUUGAAGUUGUGUCUUUUGAAAAAGCUCUUUAAAACCUGCCCAAAAAAGGAAGGUUGGUGUAUUUUCUGCAUGGGCGUGGGUCUCUCACUUCUGCCAUUAAAACAGCAACAAUGAAGCACCACUUGCAGACAGGCUGUAAGGGUUUAUCCUAAGUUAAUCAACCCUUGUACCUAUGGCAGAUUUUACUUUCAAAACCAAACCAUCACAAAAGUGAAUCUUUUAAUAACAAGGGAAGGAAUCUCUCUCAUUUUUCGUCCCAAGCUUCCUCUUUACGUAGUAAAAUUUAAACACGUUUUUGGCCAAUUUGUUCACCUACAUAUUCCUGUCACUUGGAGUCAAUGGAAGAUCCAGCAAACCAACAGCACCGACAGCCUUCUGAGGCACCAAAACUGCGUGGUCCUUUCCACUCUGCUGAAGCCCGGCACUGCUUUUUUAUUUUUGUGAUGAAAGGAGGGUGCUGGUCAGAGCAGCAGAAAAUCCGAGGCAAUUAAAAGUCUUUAGCUGUUAGCAAACCUGUCAUCUUUACUCCUGCCUUGAACCAGCCUCAGAGCCAUUUAUUGUUUCAUGCACUGUUUUGGCAUGAACGCCGUCCCCUUCAUCACAUCUCACUUUUGCUCGACAGUGACUUUUACCCCACAACUGAAACGUGCGCUGCCGUGACAGGUAAGCACUUCACAAGCUGAACUUACCGAGCCGCUGCUUUUGGAAAGUGCUGUUCUCGGCAGACGCUGGCAGACCGGGCAGACACUGUUGACACAGGGUCCCUGUUGGAAGCGAACUAACUCUUGCCUCUGCCCAGACCCACCAGCUUCUAUGUAGCUGCGCCCUCGAGGCUGUUUUUAAUCCUCCCGAGCUGUUAAUUAGAUACUAUGUACAUCUGCUGCAAACGCAGCUGUAAAACUAUACUUUUUUUAGGGUGUAUUUUUUUAAAAUUUUUUUUCUUAAUAAAAGAGGUUUGUAAUUUAGGUUUCUCUCAGACUUCCUUUGGUUAUAUCUGGAAACACAGAAGCAGUCUUAACAAUGGGGAUUGCAUCUGCCCUGAGCACAGGGGGAAAAGGGGUUUUCUGCCCCGCAGGUGUUGACGUUGCUGCCGUCCACCCAUCCCUGCAGCCUCUCAGCUCAUUGUUCAAGGCCUACGUCCCCUUUAACUGUCCUCUCUAACUGUUGGGACUUGUAAAAGGGAAAAUCUUGUCUUUCUUUUUUAAAAACAUUUUUAGACCAUAACAUGUUUAAGAUAAAAUGCAAACUUACUUUCUACCUACCCAAAAUUCAUAAGCACUAAAACUGGGGAAUAGAGACAGUGUACUUCCUGUAAGAAUUAGAAAUAACGUCAAAAAGAAAAAAGUUGUUUAUGUGUUAACCUACACAUCUGUAUUCUUCUUAUUUUAAAAAAAUUUAAAUAAUACCGUUAAUGAUGUGGGACGUAAAGCUCUCUAAGAUUAAUAAGGAAAUGUCAAGCAGGAAUUAAUUUAGUUUCCGGGUUGUGAUUGGCCUCAGCAAAUCAAAAUCAAAAGCCCCCCCCACCCCCCACACCUUCCCACGCUGUCCCUGCGACUCAGCAACCACUAAACACACACGACUCCCUUCAGGCUUUGAAGGUCCACUCAUUGCUAUACGUCCAACUGUUAACUCUUUACCAUUCAGGAACGUUUUAAAUCCAGCGAGUGUGGUGUAUGUAGGACAUGAACCGUUAUUCUUAACUAGGAACCCACAAGGAAGGGCGCGGAUCAGGUCUCCCAUUCUCCCACCGACACCUUUGAUGGAACAAGCCAAAAGGAAUUGUGAGAUCCUGUAGAACAUGGUAAAAGACUGAAAGAAAAACAAACGUUAGACAGAGCCCCUAAUUUAAAACUCCUAAGAAAAUCCUUCCCUGUGUGUUACACUAUUAAAGCACAGAUUGGGGGAAAUAACAGCCUCCACUUGAGUCCCUUGGAAGGCAGCUCCUUCCGCAGCACCACGUCAGAAACCGAGCGCGGGAGCCCAGGCUGAAUCCCGCCGGGACGCCGCUCUCUCUUCGCCCGGACUUCAGGCUCUGGCCGCGACCACCCCCAGGCCCCGAGCGCUUCUACAAGAGCCUGGUGGAGGGAGCCUGUCGGUAUUAAACUGUUUACAUUUCUUUAUAUAAAUAAUGUGCUUUCAGUGCCUUAGUUACAGGUCCCUUUCUUUUCCUUGUUCCAAGAAUUCUGCAGUGUGUUCCUUAGGUGAAAGUCUCCUCACUGCCCACCGGGAGUGGUGUGUAAGCCACCGGGCACCGUGGUAUAAACACCGCUCCCGAUGCCGUCCGGAGCGGAGAGCGAGGCGCCGGCCGCGGUUGCCCUGGUGCCAACGUGUGUGCCACAGAGAACACAAAGGGUCUCGUGGGGUGGGGGGCGUCGGAUGGGAUAUGGCCCUAACGUGGUCUUGGACCAACUUUAAAUUUUUAUUUCUGAAGAGAAUCUUGAUUUUGGUAAUUUGUUUUUUAAAGGAUCAUUAUGUGGAAAACAAAUUUUAAAAAUAACUCACAGAAUGGCCUUAGUUUUUGAUGUCCACUGGUAUGUUUGUGAGUUGUGUUAUCUGUAAUGUAAACCCCA